GGUAUUUUAAAAUAAUUUUAUAAUAAUUGAUUCAGUACCUAUUGAGGCAUUUCUAGGAACGCAUUUCAUUCGGAUGAUUACAGAGGAUCCAGCGUAUGGUGCGCUUAUUUCGAUAGAACUGCAACGUCCGUUGCUGGGUUGAUCAGCUUGAUUAGGCACUUGUUUGUUCUACACUCUAUUUGAUCGCCACAUAACCCCAAUCAUGUCGCAAUGUUUGUUUUCUCAUGGGGCAUGCAUUGCUGUUUGGUGAUUGUGAUUCAUAUAUCUCCUAACACAACUUCUAUGCUACACUAGUAUGCUUAUCGUCAGUACAUCUUUGUCUCUGAGCCAAGAAGGUUGUGUUUUGUGGCAAAAUGAAAGGUUACGGUAUAAUCGUUGGCGGGAUUUUAUUGCAACUGCUGGUUCUAAUUCCCAUACCAUUGCAAGCUCAAACUGUGGCCAAGUGUAUUAGCGAUAUUUCCGAUUUAUCGCGGACGAAAGUGUGUGAUCUUCGACAGUAUCGCCUAGCGGUCGGCGAUGAUGCAGAUAGAUAUGUAAAGUGUACUCUAGCAGCUAUCGGAUUCGUGGCCGAUGAUGGCUCUGUUCAGCGAAAUGUUGUCUUGUCUGCUUUGGACGAGGUGGAGUCACACGAUGGUAUCUACACCGACAGUGUGGACGCGUGCUUGUCGCGAACUAGGAAGCUGUCAGGAGCUCAACGACCCAAUGGUUUCUUCUCUUGCAUGUUGGCGACAGAAUCGGCCGGAAACUUCCAAGACGCUCUCGAACUGCGCGAACUCAAGACGGCUUCCCAGUGGCCUGCACAUCAAGCUUUCGAUAGAACCAAAGUGCAACAGCAGAUGCAAGAAGUGAACCGCCAGUUGCAAUGCAAAUAAAUAUCCUCACACUGGGUCGCUAGUGGGGUUGAUGAUUAGGA